AAAAACUGAAGAUUUUAAAUAUUCCCAUGUUUUCAUGUUCAUGUUCUGGGUCAAUCGCCUAAAAAUGUCAUCGAAUAGCACAGAGAAGGCAGUGAUGGAGGCAUCGCCUGUAAGUACUUCUAGUGAUAGCUCACCACAAGAAGAGAAGUGUAUAUUAACUCCCCUUUCGCUUGAGUUUGAUCCACUGAACUGGCAGUUAGACUCCAAUCAAUGCAAUACUACUAACGAUUCCAAUAGUAAUAGCAAUGAUAGCGUAGACGAGUGUUCGGCCGCUAUUGUCGACAAUUCCCUGCAAACCAAUGACUUAAUGACUGAUUCGGUCCAGUCUUUCGACUUAUUAACAAUGGAUGACAACUUCAAUGCAAAUACUAAUCAUGUGAAUGGAGACAAAUGUCAGUCCAAUCUUGAGCUCAUCCAAGAAUUAGAGCCCACUUUGAAUUGUGAGAUGAAGAGUGUGUCCAACUCAGCGAUUGAACACAACUCCAAUGCUGUCAAUGAUAUCGAUAUUGAAAGUGAUUUAUUAGUCGAUAACUCUUUGGUAUCUAAAGAUGCGGUGAAUGUCUGCCAAAUGAUCGCCUCUUUAUCCUCGUCUGAAUCUAACCCUUUGAAUGACUGCUCUACUAAUCAAAGUAUUUCAUUAAUGUCUGAACCCAUCGAGCAAACAGAUCUCAGCCAUGAUUCAGGAGAUACUGAUCUGUUUGAUGUUCAUGACAAGCCUUUGAUAGACACGAAUGUGUCGGACGUGUCAGGCGUUGAUCUGAUCGCUACUAAACUCGCGAAUGAAUGCGUUUCCGACGCUUUGCAUGAAAACUCUGUUCACUUAACAACAGACCAAAUGCUUAACAGCUCGUCAUCUCUGUCGGCCUCAUCCCAGGCCUCAUCGCUUUCCGAUCAUAUUUCUAGCGAUUCAGAUGAGAGCAUUCAAAGUGUUUCCAGCAGUGGAUCCGCUCGAAGAAAGAAGAAAAACACAAGAAAGAAGGCAUCGAAGGCACAGGUAGUGUCGUCACCGGCGAAGGCACAGCCAUCAGCAGCGCAUGAAUUGCCACAACAACUGCACAAUACGACUGGAGAUGCAAAAAAUAAUUCAAUUCAAGCGAAUAAGAAAUCAGUUGACAAUCACAUCAUCGAUGCAAAGCCUGAACUCAAUGGACAGACAGUGAAUGGCGAUGAGAUGAAUGAUAUGAAUGUCGAUAUGAGUUAUUUGCCUGAAAUUAACGGCUUUGCGAAACAUGUGAAUAAUGAGCUCCUAUUGGAGCCGUCACUGAAUGGUCACAAAAGACAUUAUGAUUUCGAUAAUGAUUCCCUCAACGAAAGCCCAUUUGCAACAGAGCCUGACUAUUGUGUUAAUGUCGCUAAACUGAAAAACCAAUACGUCAGUCAUAUUGAGAAUGAGACACAAUUACUAAAACCAUUUCCUAAAGCAGAGAUCGCUAACACAGGAAUUGAUUUCAAAAGUUUGAAAAACUCUUAUGUAUCGACUGCUGAGCAGAAUGUGGUCCAUAAGAAUGCUCUCAACAGAGAAUUACUGCCGAUUGGCAAAUCGACUUUCAAUAGCGAUCAAGAGAUGAUUGAAGCAGAAAAGGAAGACAAGACAAGAGGUCCUAAAAAGUUUGCUCAGAUGGAAUGCCAAUAUAUCACCGGCAAUGAUAUAUUUGAUAGUAUAUCGUAUACAUCGUUCAGCAAUGCUUGUACUAUCAAUAAGGACCUGGAGUCGAUUUGCAAAGUUUGCUCUAAACAUGUCUACCAAAUGGAGAAAAUCAAAGCUGAAAAGUCUGUAUUUCAUAAGCAAUGCUUUCGAUGCAAAGAAUGCAAUAAACAGUUGAACGUUGACAACUAUUCCUCACAUGAGGGCCAACUCUAUUGUAUGCCUCACUUCAAGCAGUUAUUCCAACCGAAGGCUAAAUUUGAUACCGAAGACCAAACAAAAAGUAAGUCAAUCACUAUUACAUCCACACAAUUGGCGACAAUCAUGCGUGUGGUUCACCUU